AUGCCCGAUGAAAGCCAGAAGUUUCAACGCCAUGCAUCAAUCACGCAACAGCGUCGACUGGCCCUUCAGUUCAAGCGCAAUGCCUGGCUAGGACCUCCAUCGGAUACAAUCUAUGGCGGAAUUUCCAGUAAUUUUGAAGAUCACCAUACUUCGACGAUAGCAAUUGCGCUACGCGACACCACGUAUUUGUUGGACUUCAUCGAGAAGCAGUUCGAGAACGGCCCAGCAUGUGCGAACGAAGCCACUAACUUCAUCCUUUCCGAGCUUGAACGAUAUUCCCAAGAACACAUGGAAAAGAUAGUUGGAGUGUCGAUGCACGAGAAUGUUGCAGACCACUGCCCGUCGCUUUGCUCCCGUCUCUGGGCAGAGCUCGAUAUCACUCCGCUGGUCAUGUCGGACGCAGCCCUAAUUGAUCGAAUGACUGUCGGUCAGCAACCAGGCGACAAUGAAUCUGUCCCUGAUGAAUGGGUAAAAACCAUUGACGAGCAGGCCGAAUCUAUGGCUCGAAAAGGUGUGAGGCUUUUUGGACCGGAGAACACACCCUUACUACAAGUGGGCUUCCUAGGCCUUGUAGAGGUCGACACGGCUUAUCAUGUUCGAAUUGCCGAUCUGAACGACUUCAAAAAAACCGUUUCCGAUCGCACGUGGUCAGCUGUGCAAUUUUACGCCGAUGAAAUCAAACGGCGCAAGGUCAAAGUUGCAUUCUUUAGCUCAACACCACAAGGGGGUGGAGUGGCUCUGAUGCGACAUGCUCUGUUACGAUUCUCUCAUGUCCUCGGAACGGACCUAAAAUGGUAUGUGCCGAAGCCACGCCCAGGCGUGUUUCAGGCAACCAAAACAAAUCACAAUAUCCUGCAAGGCGUUGCGCAUGAAGGUGAACGCUUAACAGAGGAGAAUAAGACUUUGCUCAAAGAAUGGAUCGAGGAAAAUGCUAGGAGAUACUGGACCCGUGCAGGUGGUCCUUUGCUUCCGCCUUCGAAGGGUGGUGCAGACGUGAUAGUUAUCGAUGACCCUCAGAUGCCAGGUAUAAUUCCUAUAUCCAAAGAGCUGGCUCCAGAUCGACCGAUCAUAUUCCGCAGCCAUAUUCAGAUCAGGAAGGAUCUGGUCGCAUCGCCUGGUUCUGCUCAGGCCGAGGCAUGGGAAUACCUGUGGAAUAACAUCCAACAUGCCGACUGCUUCAUUAGCCAUCCUGUUAGAGCAUUUGUGCCGGAUAAUGUUCCCCCAGAGAUAGUAGGCUAUAUGCCUGCGUCGACUGACUGGCUGGAUGGUCUCAAUAAAACCAUGCGAGAUUGGGACAUCGCGCACUACGGACGUAUAUUCAACGCAGCUUGUCGGAAUGCCGAAAUGCCAACCAUUCAAUUCCCCGGGGACACCUAUGUCAUCCAGAUUGCGCGAUUCGAUCCGUCAAAGGGCAUCUCAGACCACCGGAGGCAAUUCCCCCCCAAAUUGCUGAUCUGCGGACAUGGGUCCGUGGACGAUCCUGAUGGAGCCCGAAUUUACGACGAAGUGAUCGACUACUUGGAUAAUCAAGCCCACGACAUUCGCCAGCUGAUAUGCGUGAUGCGUCUACGACCCGUAGACCAAGUGCUCAAUGCUCUUCUCUCCAAAGCAACCAUAGCACUGCAGCUAUCUACAUUUGAAGGAUUUGAAAUCAAAGUUUCCGAGGCGAUCCACAAGGGUAAGCCGGUGAUCGCUACCCGAGCUGGUGGCAUCCCCCUGCAGAUCGAGAAUGGGAAAAAUGGGUUUCUGGUUGAUGUGGGCGACACCGAUGCAGUGGCGCAGCAUUUGUUCGAGCUAUGGACGGAUGAGGAAUUGUACAAUCGGAUGUCGACUUAUGGUAUCGAUCAUGUCAGUGAUGAGGUCAGUACUGUGGGCAAUGCGCUGGACUGGCUCUAUCUCGCUGCUAAGUUGUCACGCGGUGAACCUGUUCGGCCCAACGAACGGUGGAUCGAUGAUAUGGCUUUUGAAGAAGCUGGGAUCCCAGACAAGAAAGAUGAGCUGCGAUUGACGCGCGCGGUCCAAGUCGAGAGGAUGGGCUAG